AGAGACGCUACCCUGCAACUGUAACCUUAUCCCCCGCCCUUAUAUAUAACUAUAAGGUACCUUUAGAGUCGUCUACAAAACGCGCGCGCUAUACUGUUGUUGGUGGGGCGACUCUUCCCCCCUUUUCUCUUUUUAUGUUGUCAUAACGUCAGUAUUGCCAGCAUAUAUCUAUAACGACAAAAAUCAAAACAUUGGAUAUUUGGCGGCUCGAGUUGUCUACAAUCAAAGCGACGCUGCACCCAUCAGCAUAGUGUGGCUAACCCGCAGCCUGCGACGAUGUUUAUAUUUCACAAGUGUCAAGUUGCACGUGCAGUUUUGUUUACUCUCUACUCGCAGAGGCAUAGCUUUUAAACUAAAAAUCCAUUUACCAUGUAAACUUUCGACUAUCGUAUUCACGGCUGCAUGACUCUGUUUUUUUACUGUGAUGAUCGACUAUCGAAUGCGUGUGUGUUUAUAACCUUAUAGUAAACUGCUACCCAAGCUUCUGCAUGAGCUGUUCUGAUGUGAGAAAUCAUAUUGUUUUCAUUGGGAAUUCGGGUAUCGAGUGAUCGUGUAGCAAGUUUCAGACCAAAAAGCAAAUAAAGCAUCCAUCAUUUUUAGACUUUGUAAUGCGGAGAAAGGACUACAUGGAUGAUGAGUGACUCAGAUGAUACCGAUGUCCUGCUACUGAUUCCUCCAGAUCUUUUUCUUGUUCCUGCAUCAGACUCGGAUGAUCAAUCGGACUGUUCGAGUUAUAAAAAGAACAAAUCCGGUGUUGUAUCUGAACUGAUAGACCAUGUACAGUCGUUAGAAACAAGGAUAUCUGCUAUUGAGUCUAAAGAUAGUCCUAAUAACUCAUUGAAUCUUAGCCGUAGAUUGUCUUUGGAUUCUAUUAUGAGUUGCCGACAAACACUGCCAAGGACUAAAUUCUCUGUAAGUCAAACUUCCAACUUGCAGAAAACUCCCACAAAACAUCCUUCAUGCUUGUCAUUGCCAUCAACUCCUAGCAUAAGACAACAGCUACAACAUACUAAUGAAACACUUCAUUCGACUAAAUCAUCUGGGCAUUAUCAAAGCAAUAGAUCAAAUCCUAAUCUGUCGAAUAAGCAUGAUAAUGUAAAACUAUUUUCAGACCCUGUUUUUCCAAAUACUUCUUCGCCAAACAAAAGUUACUUGCAUGUUGGUAAUGGGUUUUUGGAAAGCAAAGAGCCACACUCAUUGCUUACACCUGGGACAAAUGUUUGUGAAAAUAAUGUUAAUGCAAGGAGUUUUAAUUCUUAUAACACAUUAGUAGGUCGCCUAACUUCUGACUCAAAAUCUAUUAAAAAUAUGAGUCUAUCUGAAGUUGAGGAAUUUCUACAAGAAAUCGAGUCUAAUGACAAGGAGUUGACUCAGACAAAUGGUUAUUCCAAUGAUCAACAACUUCAAGAAGAUUUAGACAAGAUUACCGAAAAGAAGUCCUAUCUAACAGAAGAGGAUGAGAAAAACAUUCGAACAAUAAUGGAACAAAAACUCAAAUUUAGCACGAAUAGCUAUAGUCAAUCUCGUGAACCACUUCAUCAAUCUGAUCAUGAAAGAAGAAAAGAUAUGUCAGAUCUUACGCUACCUAAUGAUAAUUCUUUUUCAUCUUUCGAUACAGAUAAAUUUAUGACUGAGUUUAAAGCAUGGACGCCUAGUCUUCAUAAUGGAUUGAAUGACAGUAAAAUCAGUAUUUCCGAAUUGAGAAAUUUUGAAGAAAAUGAACGAUUGCGAAGCUCUCAGCAAAAAGAUAGUGAUCAGCAGCUUGAUGGUAAUAAUGUACAAAAUUAUGUGACUGCCAGUACGCAGUACCUUGACUCAAGUUUACUUUCAAAAUUUGCUGAUCAAUUUACAAACCCACAAGUCAUUUCAUCUUCUGCACCAGAAAUUAAUCAAAGUACACUUUUAGCAAGUUGCAAAAGUUGUCCGAGCAUUUUUAAAACUCCAAAUAAUAUAUCUACUUCAAAUCCCUUAGAUUCUUUAGGUAAAAAAUCUGGAAUCCCUAAUGGGCAGAACAGUGCUAGUACUUUGAGAAAUCACGACUCCUCUACUCAAAGGCCACAACGUUUACUGACCCUCUCAGAUUUCUGGAAUCACGAUUCAAGUAAAUCACAAGAAGAGCAGCUGAGAAUCAAACUAGAGGAAGAACGAUUUAGAAGAGAGCAUUGUGAACAAUUGAUUCAAGAUUUGCAAAAAAAACUUUUAGAACAGCAAGAAAGAGUAGCUGUGGCAGUUCGCGUAGAUGCGGAAAAAAAUACUCUUAUUUCUCAAUUUCAAAUAACUUGGAAGAAAAUGAAACGGAAAUUAUCCGAAGUAGAAUCUGAGCGAGGAAAUCUUCAGAAAGUUUUAAAAAACAUAUCGGAUAAACAUCAAUCAGAAAUUGAGCAUUACGAAAAGCAAAUGAAAAACUGCAAGGAAGAGUUAUCAAAAGCCUUAAAUUUGGCUACUGGAUACAAAGAAAAGAGUGAUUGUUUGGUCAAAGAGAAAGUAGAACUGCUGAAGAGCCACGCCGAUGAAUUGCAAAGCUACAAGUUACUGGUGCAGCAAGCAGAGAGUAGAUAUGAAGAAAUGAAAGCCGAAUGCCAGAAACUAUUGGAAAAGAAUCAACAGACGGACGAAGCUUUCAAAGCCAUCCAGCAAGACCUGAAUAAAGAACUAUUGAAGGGAAGCGAAGUAAGGACUGAAAUGGCGGUUAUACAUAAAGCCCUAGAUGCUUGUGAGGCUGAACUGACCAUUUUACGUCAAGAGAAGGAAAGUUUGCAACUUAAACUUAAGGAGGAAAUAAAUAGAAAUAACAUCCUUGAGCAAGGAAAAGCAUCUUUAAUCGCGGCCGUCGAUGAUGCAAAAAAGGCUGAGAAAGCAGCGUUAAACGAAGUGCAGUCGCUCACAGACCAGCAAGAAAAAUUAAGGGCAGAGCUUCGGGAUGUUUACCAGAAACAAGUCGACGAUGUUGUUAAGACAAAACUUCAAGAAUUUCAAACUCAACUGGACUCGGCGGAAAUGGUUUUCCAAAAUGAAAUUGAAACAAAACAGCGCGCCAUAGCUGAGUGUGCAGCAAGGAAAAUAAAAAGUGUCAUAGAUAAACACCAAUUGGAGAUAAAUCUUGUCGAAGAAAAGCACAAAGAAGAAAAAAGACUCGUUGAAAUUAAAUUAGCUCAAGCAGUGCAGAAAUCUUCAAUGCUUGAGGCUCAAUUAAAUAGUUACCGGAAAAGUAAGAAUCAGUUAGUUGAACAACUCCAUUCCAUGAUGCAAAAGCAAUGGCAACAAGCUCUUAUGAUUAUUUCAGGUGGCAAUGGAAAUCAGAUGUCGUCUUUUCAAAAAAUAAAUGUCGAUAAACUGUUCGAAUUUCCGAGUGAGAUAAAUCUUGAGCUUGUGCCAAACCAUUGUAGCACUCUCCAUUCAGAACAAAUGAAAUUAAAUCCUCUAAAAAGUUCAUUAAGCUCACAAAAUGUACAAACGCAAGAACGUGAGAAUGAAAGUUCGGUAACUUUAACUUCUCACAAUGAGACACCUUUAACGAGUAGAAAGGAAACAAAAAGUGACCUUAGAAAAUAUAUAAAAAUGUUACUAGACAUGCAGCAGUCAAAGGAAGACAAUUCCAAGCCAAAGUUUUUUGAUGGCAGUCCACCAUUAUCUCAUAAAGAUAAUUCGGAUAAACAAUCGCUGCAAAAAGACAUUAACACGUCCAAUGAUGGAAGCUCUACGUGGCAACCAACUUCCGAGCACUGAUCGUAUUUUUUAGAUGUCCAUUCACGAUACCAGUGAAUAUUUAAGUGUUCCACAAAUACAAAAGUUCACCUUCAAAGGCGAUCAACAAAGACAGAAGCCACCAUGGAAGUGAUCUCACGCAGAGUAUUUAGUAGACAAUGUCGGAGUUGAUGAAGUUGACAACGUGUGUACAUUAAAAAGUAUUUUUAAACGCAGAGGAUAAUUUUAUCAAGUAAUUUUAAGAUUUUUAUACAAGAUUUUAUAUAAUAAAUCCAAUCGAAACAAAA